AUGGAAGACGACAAUGGACAGCGUGAAGCUCAGGACAGACUCGCCGCGAGAACCUGGCGCGCUUGGAGAACCGUGAAGCAGAUGGUGGCCGAUAGGGGCUACGAGCUGGCCGAGCACGAAGUCAACAUUUCUUUCGACGACUUCAAGGGCCAAUUCACUGAUUCAGAAGGCUCUGUCAGACGCACCAACAUGAGUUUCCACGCGCGACCCGGCGAGGAGCUGAUCCGACGCAUCUCGGAUCCCUCAAAGAUCGGCACCGUCUACGUUGAAUUCCUUGACGAGAGCAGCUUCGGAACGGAACAGAUGCGAAAGUUUGGCAAGUUCUGCAGUGAAAACCACCACAGAGUUGGCAUCAUUGUGUCCCACGUCGCUGUCUCAUCGGCAGCCAAGAAGGAGGUAGCAAAGUGGAAGGAAUGGACCGACAUUGAGUGGUUCUUGGAGGACGACCUUCUCAUCAACAUUACUCACCACGACUUGGUACCGCGCCAUAUUGUUCUUUCCAGGGAGGAGAAGUUGGCCCUGCUCAAGCGCUACCGCCUCAAGGAGACUCAGCUGCCCCGUAUCCUCAUGAGGGAUCCGGUAGCCAAGUAUUAUGGAAUGACGAGGGGUCAAGUUGUCAAGAUUGUCCGAAAGAGUGAGACGGCCGGCCGUUACGCCAGUUACAGAUUGUGUGUCUAA